AAAGCUUCACCAUGCCUGGAAACCUGGGAACAGGAGCACGGACAGCGUAGAGAUAUUUUUGCGUUUUUGCAUCUUAACGUGAUCCAACUGAGCAAACGCACUGACGCACAACUUCAGCGCGCACCUUACUCUUACUUAGCCAAUUAAAACAACUACAAUCUCGCUUUAUUUCUGCUCGUAAGUGAACUUUGUGGAGAUGGUGUAACCCGGAGCAUCACCGCGCCGGACGCACAAACGAACGUGGUGCGAGGAGUGGACGACUGAACGCACUUUUAAAAACCUACUUUAGUUUGAUACUCGAGGGAUACGCGAGCGCACCAGCACCGCGAAAAAGAGAGACAGUGCGGUUGGAGACUAGCGAACAGAAGAGGAGAGAGAGCAGCCAGCAGCGCGCAGCUUUUCAGUCCGAGGAGCUUGAGAUGGACGUGAGGUUUUACCCAGCUCCCCCUGCAAGCGUGGGCUCCCAUACAUUACCAACAGAUUCCACUUUGGACUAUUACCACUCUAACAAGAACAGAUACGCCACAGCAGCAGAGAGAGGCGUGCGACUCUACAGCUCCCUGCCCAUGCGCCCGAACCCUGACGGCAAGAGACUGCCCUCUACUGGGUUCGACGGUGAGAAUAUGUACAUGAAUGAAAACAACCACGAGUUCCUCCCGCCAAAUCAGAACUACACAGGCCAGAGCGGAGGAGGAGGCGGCGGCGGAGGAGGGGGCGGGACUAACGGCGGCGGCAACGGAGACGAGGACUACGAGAUCCCGCCCAUCACCCCGCCCAACCACCCCGAGCCCCCCCUCCUGCACCUGAUGGAGCACGACUCAGCGGGAUACCUGUGCCACUCCCUGCCCCACAACGGACUGCUCAACCCAUACUCCUACCCCGAGCUGCCCACCCUCAUGAUGUCCAACAUGCUGACCCAGGACGGGCACCUCGUCUCCAGCCAGAUGCACUCGAUGCAGGAGAUGGCUCUGCACCAACAGCACCCAGAGGCCACCCAUUAUGAACGUAGGCACCCAAUGCUAAACCGCUCCGCUCCGAUACUGCCCCACCCCAUGAGCACCCUGUCCCAGCUAAAGCCUCAAGUGGGCUCCCCCUCUCCUCCUGGGAGCAAAUCGGCCACGCCCUCCCCCUCCAGCUCCAAUCAGGAAGAGGAGACUGAUCCUCACGCCAAGUUAACGGGUGAGAAGAGGCCGUCUUCGGACAUGCUGAAGCCCAAGCCCAAACCACAGAAAAAGAAGAAGAAGAAGGAUCCAAACGAGCCCACCAAGCCAGUUUCCGCUUACGCCCUGUUCUUCAGAGACACUCAGGCGGCCAUUAAGGGUCAGAACCCCAACGCCACCUUCGGAGACGUGUCCAAGAUCGUGGCCUCCAUGUGGGACGGACUGGGAGAGGAGCAGAAACAGAGCUACAAAAGGAAAACAGAGGCUGCUAAGAAGGAGUACCUGAAAGCCCUGGCCGCCUACAGAGCCAGUCUGGUUUCCAAGUCCUAUAAUGACCCAGUGGAGUCCAAGAGUGCGCAGACGAGCCAGGCGUCUCCUCACAUGAUGCCCACCAACCCUCCUCUGUACAGUGUGCCCCCUCAGCCAUCGUCCCCGUACCUGGGCCCCGGGGCCUUCCCUCUCACUGACCUGCAGAGCUACACAGGCCACGCCCCCCGCCACGCCCUGUCGCAGACGCUCAGCCAAUCACAGAUGCUGCCCAGCAUUAGUGCCUCUCCCCCCUCCUCCUUCCAGAUCAGCCCGCCCCUGCACCCGCACCAGCAGCUCUCCCUGCACCAGAGCUCGCUGCUCAACCAGCCAAUCCGCAUGCAGCAGGUCCAGUCCCAGCCAAUCAUCUCCCACCAGAUGGGGCUGCAGGCCUCGCUCCACUCCCCGCCUCCUGGUCAGCAGGGUUUCUCUCACCUCCAGUCCGAGUAUCAGAAGAGUAUGGGGGGCUCUCAGUCUCCAGGGGCCCCUGGCUCAGGUCCUGGCCCUGGUGUGGCCCCGAGUCAUGACUGGGACAGUGAAUACUGCAAUCGAGAGUGUGGCAACCACUGCAGUGGCAGCAUGAUAGGCAGGGACAAGCCUCUCUACCUCACCUGAAACUGAAGAUCCGAUUGGUCGAAAUACACAGAGGAUUCUACAGUGGCCCCUCCUGACCCCGCCCCCUGCAUCGCCCCGCCCCUCCCACCAUCUCCCCCGACCUAUCAGACACACGCGUACAUUCACAUCCAUACCAAUCUCCACGCCUCCUUUUUGUCAGUGUAACCAUUCUUACUCCAAAAUUUGUGAGUUUUUUGACUAUAGAUGACUACUGUCUGUACCACUUAAUGUAUUAGCAGUCUUCUUGCUGUUUAAAUUUGCCAAGCACUUAUACAGCUCCUCCCCCUGCUCUGUUUUUUGGAGUUUUUGUGUCCUUUUCAAAGCGAUCCAGACCAAGCUUCCGAGCAUCAGGAUCUCAUCAAGCUUUAAAUUACAAUGAACAGGAAAAAGACUGGCAAUUUUGGGGUUUAUUUUUAUUUUUAUCAAUUUUAUUGUUUCAUUCUGUUUUGAUGUUGUUGAUUAAUAUCUGAGUUAUGGCCCAUUUCCACCAGUGGGACAGUUUGGUUCAGUUUGCUACAAUAUAUUGUAAGAUUAAUGAUACAGAAAAGGUAUGUAUAAUUCAUUCAUCACUAACUUCUUUUUAAAGGUGCACUACUUAACUUUUCUGGUAGAGGUUGCACUCGUUUCCAUGGAAAUGUCACUCCACAGUAUGGGAUUAAAUGGAUCAGUCACAUAUUCAAUCUAUUGCAGGUUUUUAUAGCUUAAAAUACCUUAAAAAAAAUGUUUAAAAUGUUCUUUUACUUUGGAGUCGCCUCUCCAUAAAACUAACCUGUAACUCGGGUUUGGUGGCAUCAUCUGUUUGUCUCCAUGGAUAUAAGUUUAAAACAAUACUCUGGAACAUUUCAGGCAAUGCAAUAACAUCUCGAUGAGACCAAGUUGUCCACCCUCCAUCUGAAAAGUUACACAGUCCACCUUUAGUACUUUUAAGUUGCAUCAGAAAUACAUUUAUAGAAUACACUCUUACUGAUUUAGUUUACUACAAUCACAACUGAUACUGAGCCGCUAAUAACUGCAUUUAUUGAGAACAUAAACACAACUUUGAGUCAUAGGAUCUGGCAACUCAAAGCAAAGAGCUCAUUCUGCUUUCUGAUUGGAUAAUCAAUCAGUCGACUCACAAAAGUGUAAAUAUAACAGGAUCUGGGAACAGAGAUGGUAUUUUUUACACAUUGCAUUUGGGUGGAACUAUCUGAAAAUAACUUAAACACAUGCAUAGCCAUUCAUGAUAUUCUAUUUGUAUAAACAGCAUUCUUAUAUGUGUAUAAUAUCCAAGCCAGUGAUACAGUACAUCAGGAAGUUUACAAUUAGAUUACUUUUUAUCCUUCCUACAUCUUACCAAACUGUUCUGUACAUUGGUGGAAAUGGUGGUGUUUUUUGCUUUUAACUCCGCCCUAUAGAGAAACCCCUUCAUACUUAUAGAAACCAUCUUGUUACAACAUUUUCAGAAAACCCAAAUGAUUAUUAUCGCUAUUAUAACAAAGAGCUGAGGUUGUAAACAAGACCAUUUUCUACAGGACACGAGAAAGCUAAACUCCACUGAGCCACAUGAUUGUAAAUAUGACUUUUGUGGGAUCAAAUUGGGGAAGUUUCAACAGAUUUUUUUUUUCCUUUUCUUUAUUAUAACAUUUACAUCUUUGCGCGAAUGGUGUGUGUGCGUGUGUGUGUGUGACAGAGGGAUAGAGAGUGAAAGAGAGAGAGAGAUCCUGUUGAAUGUAGCCCUUUUAAAGUGUAUGUGCGGCAGUGUCUGGUGAAUAUUAACAUCCUCGUGCAGCUGGCUCUCCGAAGAACAUUUCACUCUCUCAUUUUUGCAUCAAAUCUGUACUCACUGGUCUGUUUGUGUCCAUGAAAUUUUAUCUAAACUGAAUACAGGCCAUAGUAAAUAUAACUCAUUGAAGGGGCACUAUGUAAUAUUUACAGCUUGUUUCAUGGAGAUGUUAUUGCUUAUUGCAGUGAAUGUUCCACAGUACGGCUAACACUGAUUUAAUUUCCUAUGCUUAAAGAACACAUAUUGUGCUUGAGCCUGCCAUAUAGUUAUACUCUACAACAUCCAUGGGUCAUUAUGUUAUAAUUUGCACAUAUUAAAUUGCAAUAUUCAUCUCAUCUACAACUUAAUAAAAAAAUCAAACUGCCCAAUGGGAGCUGACAUUGCAGUAAACAUAAUCAAGAGUUGCCGUGUACUGGUAGUAUAUGGACUGAUGCAGAUUUUAUUUACAUUUUGGACCAAAAUGACUACGCAACUCUGCUGAAUCCCACAUGUAUCUCCGAUUAAGGAAAUAAAAUCGGGGAAAUCAAUAAGUAGAAAGCAGUGGGCAUAUGCUGGUGGCGGUGAAAAAUAGCCAGGCUGGUGCCACCUAGUGCCUCCGCUCAAUUUAAUUUCUCCCCAGCGACUAGCUCAGGCAUCGGAAUACACUAGACGGUUUGUAAGAACCCCGGAAGUGCUGGCACCAGCCAGUCAGCGAAGAGCCAUACAUUCUGUGUUGGCAACAAUUCCCGAGAUCGAGGAUUUAAAGCUGGAACAAAGAAUGUUUUGUGAAUUUUAUCAAGGGGAAGACGUUAUUGCCCUUCUUCCUACGGGAUUUGGGAAAAGCUUAAUAUACCAGUUAGUCCCGUUAGCGGCGCAUUGCAUUCGUCACGACCAAAUAGCAGUGACUGGUUAAAUAAAAAAGUACCCGCCUACCGUCAAGCAAAAGGAUCCUAAUGCUGCAAGAUCAGACGGUUUCCAUGAAGUAAAACCGACUGAUGAGUCAGGCUAGGUGAAAAUCGCUAGGUUUGUCAAUAUGGCAUCUCGAAAAUAAGUGAUUAAAGAUUACUCAAACAUAUAUAAAUCACUCCAAAUGCAUCUCUGAGAGGGGAUAUUAGACAGGGAAACAACUAUAGCACAGUUAAAAGCUAUAACAAGUUGAUUUUGCAUUAAAAACAUCUUGAAAAAACAUGAAUUUUUAUUGUGAGUGGCGUCGCCUCUCCACAGAUCUCAACUGUAACCUGUUUGUGCCACCCUCUUGACUGUGGAACAUUCCAGGCAAAGCAAAAACACUCAGCCUGAAAAGUUACAUAUUGCACCUUUAAACUGAAAAGUCUUUGUUCAAAUUUAAACAAUACAAUACAGAUGACCCUUUUUCUUUUGUUUGUGGACAUACAGAAUUUAAUGAUUUUUUUUUUCUUUUCCCCCUUGUUGGUGUUUUCAGAAAUUUUGGUUGGAAAAAACUUUUUUUUUUUUGCUGACAUCUGUUUUUAUUACAUUUACUGUAGCAGAAUUUUACUUCAAAAAACUAUAACUUUGUGUAAAUCCCUGCCAAUUGUAGGUAUUUGUAAAGCCAGUAAUGAUAAAUAUUUGAAAUGGUUAUCAAUCUAAUGUUGUUUUUUCUUUUUAUUUUCUAGUUGCCCAUCAGUCAUUUUGGCAUUUUUAUUUCUUAUUUAUAAAAAUGAAAUCACUUUUGCUUCUUACAAUGAAGGUGUAUUUUUAUUAUUUUAUUUUUUGCUUAUUUGAUAAAUCGAUGACCAUGCAAUUAUUAUUAUUUUGUUUUCUACAUUUGUGAUGCUGCUGUUUUCUCCUCUUGUCGGCAGCAUCUAUUCGUGUCACAAUGCUUAUUUUAUUUCAA